GGAAUGGUGCCAGCUCAGCAUAGCUUUAGCACAGCCUUGGUGCCAGAUUAUCACACCAGUUAGUUAAAUGUCAUGUGACCCACCACGUGCUUGUAUUUUAGUUAUAAGUUUGUUAGUUUCUGUUUUAGAGUACUAAUAUAAAUACUUGAUGUAUUAGUUUCUUGUUUUUAAUUAGUUUUACAGUAACUCGAAAAAGAACUCUCUAGAAGUUUACUCUGGAAGUUUUCUGCUUUUUCUGAUUUUUCUUUCUUGAAUUUUCUCUUGCACUUUCUUUCUUUUUCUUGCUGUUUUUCUUCCUUCUCAUGGUAUCAGAGCCAGCCUUCGUGGCUACUCAGAAAUAUGUGUUGGUUGUUGUUACACCUUUCUCAAGCAAUUUUAUGAAGCUUGAGGAAGAUAAUUUUGUUCUAUGGAGGUCACAAAUUCUUCCUACUCUCAAAGGGCACGAUCUGGAAAAAUUCAUUCUUAUCCGAAGAACAGCGUCAGGAAAAGUUUUAGUUCUUGCAUACGAUAGAUCUGGCGGUGUUGCUGAUAUUGACGAAGAACUUGGAUAUUGGGUGAAACUGGAUCAAUUGCUAUUAGGAUGGAUUCGAGCUACAAUUUCACGCGAAGUUCUACGUCAUCUGGUUGGGUUACAAACAACAUUUGAUGUUCGGCAGACUCUUGAAUCUAGGUAUGCAUCUCACUCAAGAUCUCAGAUUUUACGUCUUCAAACAUAGUUACAAUCCACUAAAAAAGGAGGUUUAAGCAUUAAUGAAUAUUGGCUCAAAAUGAAGAUAAUUGCUGAUGAUCUUGAGGCUGCUGGUGAAUUUGUGCAUGAGAUAGAUUUUGCAUAUUAUAUUCUUGGUGGUUUAGGACUUGAGUUUGAUCCUGUCUCUGAAAAUCUUAAUUCUCGACUAGACUCAAUCAGCUUGACAGAGGUUUGAUCUCGAUUACUUGCAUAUGAAAGCAAGUUGGAAGACUAUAAUUAUACUCUUUCUAUGAAUCUUGGUCAUUCUCAUUCAGCAAAUAUGAUAAGUUCAGUUUCUCAUACUGGUUUGAAUUCUAUAAACUUGGUUCAACCACCAACUCAUGGGCAUGUUGAGACCUCUGGACAUAAUUUUCAGUUUUCUGGUCCCAAUAUCAAUGUUGGUCAUGGUUUCUCUCCACGAGCUUGGUGUGACAGAGGAUUUGUUGGCAACUACAAUUAUCGAAAUGAGAAUUACAAUACUCGAGGUCGAGGUUUCUUUGGUCGUGGAAGGGGUACUAAUUGACCAAUUUGUCAAGUCUGUAAAAUGGUUGGACAUACUGGUGAUGUUUGUUAUUAUAGGUAUGCUCAACCAUUUCAGCACAGUGUUCCAUAGCCAAGCUUUACUGUUGGAGGUGCUAAUCCUAGGACUUUCUUUGCUGGAGUUCCACACACUCUACCACACACUCUACAAUCUGGUUUUUCUGAUAACUUUUUACAUAAUUACAAUAUAAGAUCACCAGUUAUGCCUGAAUCAACUAUUGGGAUUGUUGCUCCAAAUUUACAGUCAUAUGGUUCAAUGUCUGGUUUGUCUAAUCCUUUUUCUUAUGGUGUCUCAAAGCCACUUGGUAGUUCUAACAACAUCUCUGGUCAAGUGCCACAGCAGUUUACUGGUUUUUAUGUUCAUAAUGGUGUACCUCACUUCGGUGCACCUCUUUCUGCUUCAAUUGGCAUGAAUUCUGUUGAUUAUCCUUUCAUGCCUCCAAUGUCAGCUUCCAUUGGAUCAAAUGUUAUUGGUCAUUCUUCAGUGCCUCAAAUGUCAGCUAAUAUGAGUAAUCUGUCUCUUUCUCCACAUUCUAGUGUUAAUGUUGUGUCUGCAACAGUGGACCCAAACUCUUCCUGGUUCUUAAAUAGUGGAUCUACUAAUCAUGUAGCUGCAGAUGGUGAUAGCGUGCUUGAACAUAUUGAGUUUCAAGGGAACAACAAACUUACUGUUGGCAAUGGCCAGAAUGUGGAUAUUACUCAUAUUGGACAAGUUAGGUAGAACUCAACUUAAAAGAGUAUUGGAAGAUGGAUUGUACAAAUUGCAAGCUCUUGUUCUUAGAAGACAAAGACUACAUGCAAAUAAGAUGUUUACCAGUUCUUAUACUGCUGACUUUGGUUCAGAUCGUGACAAGGGUCACUAUUUCUCAAAUUGUGCUACUAAAUCUGCUGCUGGUGUUUCUGGUGUUGUUGAUGAAUCGUUUUGCUUUCCUUUAACAUGUACUACUUCCUCUCAGAGUUUACCAAAUGUAACAAGUGACAGUUGUCUUAGAAUCAAUGUUUUAGAGUUUGCAUUGUUUUAUAAUAGACUUGGACAUCCAAAUAGUAAAGUUACAUUGGAAGUCCUCAAAAGUUGUAAUAAGAAAUUUCUUAAUAAAGAUGAGUUCUUUUGUGAUGCCUGCCAA